AUGCGUCGCCGUUCAAGCACAAGCCGGCGGAGGUCGUCGAUGACGCUGAGCGGGCGCCCUGGCGAGUGGAGCUCGAGCUCCUCAGAGCACAGCUACGCGGACUCCACGACCGAGGAGCCCGAGCAUGCGGAGCCGCGCAGCGAGGUUGAAAGCUACCUGAAUGCUUCGUUCAGCCUACCCCCCGAAGUGGCCGGAGCGAUGCUGCAGUUUCCUGUGGACCUGUACCUCCUGAUGCGCAAGAAAGGUCCAGCGAGCAACGUGCUGUUGUCUCCCUGGUACCUGGCCUGCAUGAUGGUGACCGCGUACCACGGCUCGUCCGGAGCCACCCGGCUGCAGAUUGCACGCGCACUCCACACGGAUGACGACGGCAGCAUCGUGGGGCGGCUGGAUGACCACGCGAGCCGCCUUCUCGGCCACGGCUACCGCCGGCCACAUCACACCCACUCGGGUACGCACACGCACAACUCCAACUACACCGGUGUCAACGUGACCUCGUACUUUGCCCUGUACCACGACGUUCGCGUCAAGCGGUCCCCGGACUUCGAGGAGCCCCUUUCAAACAUGGACAACCGCCUGCACAUCCGUGACUUUGUCGACAACCCCGAGCAGUGCCGCCUCGCCAUGGAUGGAUUCUUUCGCGCCAUGGCGGGUUUUGUCUUUGAUCAAGACGUAUUUGCCGGAGACAACUUCGAUUCGGGCACGCACCUGGUGUUGGCCAGCGUGAUUUGCUUCAGCUCGCGCUGGUUCAUCCCAGGAAACGCACCGCGCUCUACCGGUCACUUCCGCAGCGAGUCCGUUCAGGGCGGAAGCGAUGACAAGGUGCCGACGAUGUGCCUGACCGGAAGUUUCAGAUUUGCAGAGUUCGCCGAUGGCGACGGGUUCGACGUGUCUGUCGUGGACAUUCCGUACCAGGACCCUCGACGAUCCAUCGCGAUCUUCCUUCCGGCGAAGUCGUCGAGCCUCGAGGCCGUUGAGAAGGCUCUCACGGCGGCCAAGAUCCUCACCUGCCUCAGCCGCCUCGAACGCCAUCGCCUGGUGGAGGUGACCCUUCCCCGGCUGGACGUGAAGUGCUUGACGGACCUCAAGCGCACUCUACCCCUGUUGGGCGUUGUGGAGGCUUUCGGCAAUUCUGCCGACUUCAGCAACAUCGCACCGGUUGUGGGACUGAAGCUGUCGGCAGCCCGGCACCUCGCCGUCUUCCAUGCGGGGCACAAGGGUCCCAACACAGUGCAUGCUCAAGUCACUGCGAAGGAAGUCGCUCGCAGCGCCAACAGUGGCAGUGUUGCUAAGUUUACGGUCGAUAGACCGUUUUUAUUCGUUGUGCUCGUGCGGGACCCAGACACCGUGCUACUGCUCGGUUCGGUGACGCGCGUUGUGUGA